AUGGCACCCAUCCACAUUGGCUGCCCGCUCUACGAUUACCAGACGAUCGACAUCAUUGGACCGUGCGAUCUGCUCAAUUCUGCAAGUAAGAUGCUCCUGGAGGGUAUCAAUUACUACGCCCCCGUGGAUCCCAAACUUCUGGCAAAGGCACCCGAAUUCGUCUUCCACCAUAUCGGAGAGACCUUGAAGCCGGUGCACCUGCUUACGAGCUCUGUAACAGUGGUGCCUACAGUCACGGCGGACGACGUCCCCGAAUUGGAUAUCCUCAUCGUUGGCGGGGAUAUCCCUGCAAAAACCAAUCUUCCUCCUAGAUUGCAGGACCUCAUUCGCCGCCAUGCUGCUUCUGGAAAUUUAUUGUUCACUACCUGCACCGGGGCCGCAGUUGUUGCAGCCACUGGCGCUCUAGACGGCAGGAGGGCCACGGUCAACAACCUCGAGUACAAUUGGGUUAAAAACAAAUACCCGAACGUCAAGUGGACAAUGGAAAAGAAGUGGAUUGUCGACGGCAAUAUUUGGACUGGGAGUGGAGCUGUGGCGGGGAUGGAUAUGGUCGCCCACUGGAUCAAAGAGACUUAUGGGCUGGACCUUCUCAUUCAGGCAGCAUUGUCGCUUGACUAUGAACCGCGUGAUGCUGACGGAAUCUUCAAUGUUCUACCCCAGAGAUACGAUUCUACUGGAAACAAGCUUUCCACCCAUGUAUUUCCCAAUGAGAUUUGA